AUGAAUCGUUCUUCUUCUUUCGAGGACUCCGUGCGCGUGACGGAGAAUUUCUUACGACCACCCAAAAGCGAUUGCGAUGCAGAAGACGCGGUAGUCGCGUUGGACGAGAUUGAUGCGUUUUUAACCGAAUACGUGCGCUUGUUCGACCAAGGUUUGCUCGAGAAGAAGAACGAAUCCGAAUCCCUCAUCGACGGGGAAGAGUUCGUCUCGGGAACGUAUUUUUGGCCGAAGAAGACGAAGACGAAAGAAGAAGACGAAGAAGACAACAAAGAAGAAGAGGAGAAGAAGGAGAAGACAAAGAAGAAGAGGAUGAUAAUCGAGAGAUAUUGCGAACGGCUCGCGAAAUUUGUCGCAGAGGAACAAAAACUGUUAACUUGGGAAAGUUUUGCAGGGUGCGAGUGGUGGGUGCAAGACGUCGCGCACGACGAACCUCCGAAAGCGUAUCACACGGAUUGCGUUUUAGAAGAAGACAAAGACAAGAGGAAGAAAAAAUAUUAUCCGCUCCUCUCGACGGUGUAUUACGGAAAGACGGAAAGAGGCGGCGCGACGGUCGCGUUCGACGAGGAAGAGUACGGCGCCAUGCGGAAGUGCGUUUUGGUGAAACCGAGAGCGAACAGGUUGUUUACGUUUCGGGGGGACAUGUGGCACGGCGUCUGUCGAGAAGAAAAUAGCGAGAGGAAGGAAGGCGAAGAAGACGCGUAUCAGAGGGUGACGCUUUUGGUGAACUUUUGGAAAGAGCGACCGAGUUGCGCGCGCGAUUUUCCGAGAGAAUUGUUUAGCGACUAUAGCAGUAGUUUUAGUAGGAGUUCUGGUUUUAGCGGUAGACGCGGCGAUGACGACGACGAGAAAGUUCCUGAAAGGGAAGUGAUAUCGUUGAAGACGGCGGACGAUGAUGAGAGAGUGUUUAAGCUGAAAAGCGACGAGAGAAAAGCGCACUUUGCCGCUUGGGAAGCGCAAAAUCCAAGCGCGUUUCUAGAACCGUCGACGUCCUCUUCCUCGGUAGUACUCAUUGAAUACACGUCGUAG